AUGCGCCUCACGACACUUCUUGCCCUCCUCGCGGUGCCGGUCACUGUCUUGGCCUGCGAAGGCGAUUGCAUCGUCGGCGUCACCAAUGCAUGGCUCAGAAACUACACACAUCCCAUCCGUAUCGUCUUCAGCGACAUUGCUAACCAGAUCUCCGACCUAAUCCCCAACCAUCCCCUGCCUACCACCACAUUCACCUACCUCUCCCCCAUCCUUGACGCAUACAACAACCAGGCGUACCACGGCAUGGAGACCGCCAUCUUCCCCCACUACUUCCACGGCAAAUGCCUCGACGCCUCCGGCCGCGAACCUAACGGUUGCCCAAACCCAAACUGCCCCAUCGUCUGCGGGACGCCAGGGUCGAUGGUGCACUUCUUCCCCAAGCUGCGCUACAUCGCCUUCAACGAGACGUAUCACCUCCUCCAGGCGCUCUCCACUCCCGGCACAGAGACGUACGACGCCGUCGAGCGUGCCGUGCUCGACGCCGCGGACAAGGAUCCCAAGCGGGCGGCGCGCCGUGGCCUUCCGCCCCCUGCUUCCUGGGCGCGAUCCCUGGCGAGUGCCAAUCCUGCUCCUGGAUCUCGGCGCCCCGACAUCAAGGCCGGCCUCCGAAACAUCAUGCAGCAGGUCCACGCGCUGCUCGAGGAGACGUGUGGGGGCAGCGGCGUCGAGGCGACGAAUGGGCUCCCGCGGUGCAGCUGGGAGAAGGAGAUGAAGGAGUACAUCCUCACCUUCCCGUGA